AUGAUGAGCAUAGUGGAAAUGUGUUUGCAAAGCCUAUCAAUUUCUGACGACUUUGUGCUUUUGUUAUCACCCUAUGAAAUUCCUCGUCGUCGCGACAGUUCUGGUCCUAUCGUUCAUCGCUGUUGCCAACGCAAGCUACUGGCGUUAUGCUCAUUCUGGCAACUCUGCUAUAUAACAAAAAGCAAUUACAAGCAAGUAUGA